AAGAAAGAUUUUUUUUAAUUAUUCCAAUAUUUAUGAUUGACUCAAGAGGCUACAAUUACAUUUGAUUGAAACUCCCGCUCUUGGUAUGGUGUAAUUAAUUAUUGUUAAUCAUGUUUCCUUUAUAGCGGUGCAAUACAUAGUUUAGACGUAGUGCCAACAGUGUCUCCAUCUUAGUUCUGCAAAUACUAAGGUCAAUACAAAGCGGAUUAAAAAAUGAAUUGAAUUCUGAUUGAAAUUAUAAAUUAUGAAUUUAAAAAUUAAGGUAUUAAGAUAAGACACUCGCACAGUAAAGUAUUUCAAAUUAUUUUAAUCGUAUUGUCAUUUUUUGCAAUAAUACAUCCAACUCAAUUGGAGAAGAAAGUUAUAACAAUGAUUAUUAGUUCAUUAGCAUAUGGCUGAGCUAAAUUUUUCUCUUAAGCAGUUCUGCAAAAAAGAAAUGCCUCUUUGCAUUAAAGAUCGUUGGAUCGAUAACUUCGAUAUCGAAUGUACUCUCAUGCAAAUGUACAUGAUAUCUUAAAUGAAGAAAAGUCAGAGUGCUUCACUGGCUGAUCGUAUACAGCAGCUGACGGAUAUGUCUAUGAAAAGACCUGUGAUGAAAUUUAAUACGGCAAAAUUUAAAGAGUUUAUCAAAACUACGCCCAAGAAUUAUUCUGUUAUUGUAAUGUUUACGGCAAUGGCACCUCAGCGACAGUGCCAAAUCUGCAGGCAUGCGAACGAUGAGUUUGUUGUAGUGGCCAACUCUUUUCGAUAUUACCAGCCAUACUCGAAUAAGUUAUUCUUUGCGUUAGUCGAUUUUGACGAAGGCUCGGACGUUUUUCAAAUGAUGAGAUUGAAUACCGCACCUGUAUAUAUGCACUUUCCAGCUAAAGGUAAACCGAAAGCAGCCGACACAAUGGACAUUCAAAGGGUUGGACUUGCCGCCGAGGCUAUAGCAAAAUGGAUCUUGGAACGUACUGAUAUACAGAUCCGUGUCUUCAGGCCUCCAAGCUAUUCUGGAAUUAUUGCUGUUUUUAUGUUAUUAAUCUUAAUAGGCGGAUUCUUAUACCUUAGACGUAAUAAUCUUGACUUUAUUUAUAACAAAACCAUUUGGGGACUCGGUGCAGUGCUCUUUACUCUUACAAUGAUAUCGGGUCAAAUGUGGAAUCACAUCAGAGGUCCUCCGUUCGUCUAUAAAUCAGCAAAUGGCAAUGUAGCGUAUAUUCAUGGCUCCUCCCAGGGCCAACUUGUUCUCGAAACUUAUAUCGUUCUGCUUUUAUAUGGGGCUGUUGUUGUGGGUAUGAUCUUCAUGACAGAAGCUGCUUCACGUAAAGGUGAUGUUAAAAAACGACGAAUAUUCACUGUUAUAGGAUUGGCUCUCGUAGCUAUAUUUUUCAGUUUGCUUCUUUCAAUAUUUAGGAACAAGGCUCAAGGUUAUCCUUACAGGUAUUAUUGA